AUGGAUUCUUCCAAGUCUGAAUAUUUUGAGAAACUUAGCAAUGUCGAUGGACUUGUACUGUAUAAAUGUUUUGUUGAAAAUUGGGAUAAGGUGAUGGCAUUCCAGGCAAGGCCGGAUGAUAUUCUUAUUGCCACAUAUCCCAAAUCUGGCACAACCUGGAUUAGUGAAAUUAUAGACAUGAUCUAUAAAGAUGGAAAUGCAGAAAGAUGCAAAGAAGAUGCCAUUUUUAAUCGAAUACCUUUCUUGGAAUGCAAAAAGGAAGAUGCUUUAGAUGGAAUAAAACAAUUAAAAGCUAUGGCAUCUCCUAGGAUAAUAAAGACUCAUCUACCAGCUGACUAUCUUCCAGUCUCAUUUUGGGAAAAUAACUGCAAGAUGAUCUAUCUUUGCCGAAAUGCCAAGGAUGUGGCUGUUUCAUAUUAUUAUUUCCAUUUAAUGGUACCAGCUCACCCAAAUCCUGGGACAUUUGCAGAGUUUGUGGAGAAAUACAUGAAUGGAGAAGUUCCUUAUGGUACCUGGUAUAAACACGUAAAAUCUUGGGAAAAGAGAAAGCACUCUAAUAUGCUAUUUAUGUUCUAUGAAGAUAUGCAAAAGGAUAUCAGAAAAGAAGUGAUAAAAUUGUAUCACUUCCUGGGAAAGAAGCCAUCAGAGGAACUUGUGGAUAAAAUUGUGAAUCAUACUUCAUUCCAAGAGAUGAAGGAAAAUCCAACUACAAAUUAUACAACACUACCAGAGGAAGAUAUGAAUCAAAAAAUAUGCCCCUUCAUGAGAAAAGGCUGUGUGGGAGACUGGAAAAAUCACUUUACAGUAGCAUUGAAUGAAAGAUUUGAGAUGCACUAUGAGAAGGAAAUGAAGGGCUCAACUCUGACACUACACACUGAGAUCUAA